AUGACUGAAUCAAACGUAAAUAAUACACGUAAGGAUAUUUGGUCACUAAUUUCUUUAGAUGACUUGGUCACCGCUAUUAUCUCUCUUGGUGAGCGUAUGAAUCUACUUAACGAUGAUUCAUGGCGCUUGAAUAAAUCAGGUAAGUCUUCUAGUUCAUGUUGGAGCGAAGUUAUUAGGAAAUUGAAACUCGAUGAUGAUGAAAAAACUCGUCACUCAUUGUACAACAUAUGGCAUUUAAAACGCCAUCGUAUUCGUGAACUUGUUGACGAAAAGAAGAAAAAAAAAAUGAUGGAAAUGAAAGAAGAAGAUAGCAAUGAUAGGAACGAAGCAGAAAAUUGUUCCAUCGGUAAGAAAAUUAUUGCAACAUUGCCAUCCGAACCAUCAUUACCUCUAACUGAACCACCAAGUACACGUGCUUAUCAAAAAGCUGUUGCAAGCGGCACUAUUUAUCAACGUCAUUGUAUUAGAACAGAAUUUAUUUCUCUUACUCGUAAUGAAUGGAAAAGUGCAUAUAGCUGUACUCAUAAAAAAACGAAAUCAGGCUGGACCAGUAUUUUUGAUGAGAAGUUGAAGUUUAUCGGUCAUACAUGCUCAUUAUGUUUUCAUUCUCCUAAUAUUCCACGCGGCAAAAGAAAACGUAACUGUUCUGACUUUUGGUUCAGUGCAGCCUGUACAGGUGAUAUAUGUAAGAGAAAAUACAUAGUAAGUCAUAGAAGAGAUAUUGAUAAUGACUUAAUGGCGUUAUUUCGUGUGGACGUCUAUGGCGAAGAAAAUCAUAGUACAGACAAUGUAAUGCGACCACGGAAGAUGGAUGCCAAAGAACGUGAUGUUAUUGGGAAACGUGCAAAUGAGAUAGGUCCCGCAGCAACAUUUCGCGAGCUCGUGGAGGUGGCCGAUGAAAAAUUGCUCGCAGCAGGUAAUUUUUCAGAAUGUCCGACCAUUGAAGCAGUGAAGAAAUGUGGAGCGGAUUAUCGAAAAAAAAUGCGCUUUGAUGAAGAUGUGUUCAGAGAAUGUCGAAUUCUAAGUUGCUUUUAUCGCAGCGAAGAUGUUACAUCUGAACAAAUUUUAGAUGCAACUGGUGGAGUAUUAAAACCAAUGAAAGAGCAAAAUCAAUCAUUGCUUUAUACGAUAAUGUUCAAGGAUGGCAUUGAUGCGAAUGAUAAUGUUCCCCUAGCACACGCUAUAUUAACAGAUAAUACAGUCCCGGGUAUCGGCUACUUUCUUGGCAAUGUGAUUCAUAGUGUCAAUCAAGUGGCAACAAAGAAAAAAUUACGUCCACCUUCAUUUAUCGUUAUCGACUUUUCUGCUGCUCUUAUGAAUGCUGCACUUCAACAAUUCAAUAUUGAAAGUGUUAACAAACAUCUGAAACGAUGUUGGAACGUUAUACAAGGCAAAUAUAAUGCUGAAAAAAUUCGUUCAUUAUCUUUUAUUCAUUUGUGUUGUUGUCAUGUUAUACAUGCCGUUGCAAGAAGUCUGAAUGCUGAAAAAAUUGAUAAGAAAACACGCGAAGUUGUAUUAUAUAUAUUCGCAUAUAUGUUAUGUUGUAAUGAUAUCAAUCAAUUAUAUGACACAUUGGGAUUAGUGCUUAAUAUAUUCGGUGAUCCAAACGAACAGAACGCAAAGGAGAAAAUUGAUCGAAUAUGUUCUCUUAAAUUUAACGUGGAUGAAGAAAGUGAGUCAAUUUUAAAGGAUUUUGAUAAUAUUUUUAAAACAGCUGAAAAGAAAGAAGAAGAAUUAAAGCUUGUCGAUGAAUAUUUUGAAACUGAUGAAGCUAUCAUUCAUCAGUCACCAUUCAAUAAAGAAGCUAUCCAACGUUAUCCAUUGCUGAAUGAGAUACGUGCACGACAAAAAGAGGAUCAAUCUCAACAAGGUGCCGUGACGAAAAAAUACAGUGAAUCUGAAAAUACUACAACUGUUUCUUCAUCUGGCAAAUCGGAAUCAUCUUCUAAAGUUCCAAGCGAGAAAAUCUCAAAUGAUGAAUCAUCUCGUUCUAGCAAAAGAGAUUCAUUAUCAUCGUUUGAAGCAGCUACCAAGGUAAGUCAUGAAUAUUCUAGUGAUAUCUCAAACAAUUUAGAUGUGCCGGCGAACAAUGAUCAUGAAAAAAAUGAAAGUUUAAUUAAAACCAGUUUGAAGACAAGUUCAUCAUCUAUAACAACAAACACUUCGAUUACGAUUAACGAAGGUGUGUAA